AUGUUUGAAAUAAGUUUCACAAAGAUUUGGGAUUGGACUACUGGGUUUCAGGGAAUGUUUCCGACUUCGGUGUCACAUGCAUACAAUCUCAUAAUCGGUGAUAGAACCGGUCAAUAUUCCCAGCCAGGAUACCCUCCUCAGUCAGGAUAUCCUCCUCAGUCAGGAUAUCCUCCUCAGUCAGGAUACCCUCCCCAGUCAGGUUAUCCUCAACAAGGCUAUUCUGAAGACCGGAACAAAGGAUAUCCUUAUCCUCCUCCACAAGGCUAUCCUCAAGACGACUAUUACAAAGGACAAGGAUAUCAGCCAGGACAAUAUCCUCCACCCAACGCAUAUAAUCCAUAUGGUCCCUCAGGCGGGUAUUCACCGACUCCUCCACCAACAACUGUCGUCGUUCAGCAAGAAAAGAAGAGUAGUAGUAGUGGAUUGUGUCUAGGCUGUGCUAUCGGUGCCUGUUUAUGCUGCUGUCUCGAUUGUCUCGAUUAA